AUGGACGUAUUGGAUGAGAAUACGCGUCGGGUCAUGACGGCGUCUUACGCUCUACCAAACCUCGAGACAGCGGUGCAGCAAGUAAUCUAUAAUGCCAUAGACGCUCAUGCAAAGACAAUCAAGCUAUCAGUAGACAUUGAAAAUGCAUCGUUUUCGGCUGUAGACGAUGGCUGUGGUAUUGGGCCAAAUGAUCUAUACACCUACGUCGGGGAGUGUUACGCUUCGUCGAAGCGUCCGAUAUCGAACAGGAAAGGCGACCAGCAGAAACAACAGAAGCCUUACGGUUCUCGCGGUGCUUUUCUUUACGAGUUAAACUCACUUGCUUCUAGCGUUGAGAUUGAAAGCCGUGUCCAGGAGCACUGGACUUCUUAUCGCAAAGUCUUUAAGGAAGGAAAAGUUGUCUUGAAUGCCAGAUCAAAAAGUCUACGCGAGAUACCGGGGACAACGGUAUAUGUGUCGAAUCUAUUUCGCAUGCUACCUGUGCGGCGUAAGUAUUUAUCGCGCAACAUGAAGUGUCGAAACCGAGUGAUCCAGAGCAUACAGAAUUUCUGCGUGAGCAUGUCGAUGAUAUGGCCAUCACUAUCGUUUGACAUCCGAUUUCAAGGUGAAAAAGUUAGGCCGGUAACAAUUCCUGCAGCUAGAUCCUGUCGCGAGCGGUUCAUAGAGCAUUUUGGGCAUCUGCUUGGAAAUCAGUUGCAAUACGUGAGCUUUUCGUCAGAGACGGCCCAGUUUUCGGUUCAGGGAUACUUCGCUUUUAUUCCUGAUGCAAGUGAAGCAAUAGGACACGGAAUCAAGCAAGCCAAAAGUUACUAUCAGUUUGCGUUUCUAAACAACGAAUGGGAUGAAGAGUGCCAUCAAGUAUGCUCGCGAACGAUAACGGAAGCUGCUCUGGCAUUGUCAUCGGCCAUUCCCAUUUUUGUCCUGAAAGUUGAAACAGCCAGCGAUCACUUUGAUGCUUGCGAAAUCAGAAGGAAAGAGCGCGUACGGUUUAAGGCUCCUGAUCAGUUCCGGAAGUUUCUCUGUCAAUUCGUUCAGGAAUUAGCUACUGCUGAAGCAAAUCAAGUCAAGAUUCAAGAGUCAAGUUGCUGCGAAGAACUCUCACAUAAGGCAUCCAUGGAUCAGUCAGCUUAUGAUCCAUUACCAAACAAAUUCGACUCUACCCAGCUAAGCACUUUUUCUUUUCCGGAUGACAUCGUGACAACCCACGAUUAUGAUUAUGAUGCCUGUGAGAGCGAUAUUUAUCAACACUACGACGAGGUUUCGGUAGCAUGUGCGGCUGAGAAUUGUGCGAUGUGGUCUAGCGAGAGCUACAAUAUGGGUCAACCUUUCAACUAUGUCGACAAUGACAGCGAGGAUACCGAAUUUGACGAAAACGACCUGCAGUUUGACGAGGAACUCUACGGUUUCACUACAGCAGCUUGUCAAAUGUCAGAAACGUCUCUUGACGUCGUCUCUAGCGAUGCUGCUCAAAAAUAUGCUGGCACUGACAGAAGGGAAGGUGAUUUGGAAGAUAUUUUCUUUUCUCGCGAGCCAUCCCCGCCGUUUGCGAAGCCGACAAGAAGAGCUGAUGAUGAUGAGAACGAGAAAAUUCGGUUUUCCACGAAACCAUGGUUAAGUAGCAAACCGGACACGUACGACUGUGCAGAAGUCCUGUUUGACUUGUGCCAGGACAAUCUUUACAGCGAGGAUGUCAACCGCUCGGAAGAUGCGAGUUGCUCGAAUGCAGCUGAGCAGCCGAUCCAGGAUCCCCAAGUGGAGCGUGUUAUCUUGGAACAAACGCAUGAUAAUGACAACGCUUGUCCAUUACUCAAGGCAUCAUCAGUUGAUUGCGUCACGUCAAUUUAUUUUUCGAUGAGUACGGCGAAGCCGCCAGCAAACAAAUCUUUGAAACAUUGGCGCAGCUCCAAGUCAUAUCCUGUCAAACGUUUUGCUGCAGCGUUACAUGUCGAUAAUAUUCAAGUUUUUGGAGGAGAUCGCGCCGUGACGAUCAGCAAGGCUACACUCGCGAAGCUGCAGGUGAUUUGUCAGGUUGAUCGCAAAUUUAUUCUUGUUCAAGCAGACACUUCUCAAGGCAAGUUGCUGCUUUGCAUCGACCAGCAUGCAGCAGAUGAACGCGUACUCUUGGAGAAGUUGGAGGCUGACAUGUUUGGUCACGAUGGGUCUCUUCGUCGGGUGGAAGUCCAUGACCAUGAUCCACCGCUAGCCUUACGAGUGAAUUCCAAAGAACGCGACGCACUGCGGUACAACGAAGAACUCGUAAAAGACUGGGGUUUUGAAUUCGAGUUCAUCGCAUCAAAACCAGAACAGGCCUUCGUAAACGCGUGCAAUCAACCAGCAGGUCAUGAAGGUGAUCGUGUGAUGCUGUAUGCUACUCCGAAGGUAGAGAAAAGAGUCUCCAACGUAGACGAUUUUCGAGACUUCCUCCAGCUUUUAUCAAGUGCUGGAGAAACGUAUCUGCAUUCGAAGAUUCGACCUCCAGUGAUCACUAGAUUGCUACACUCACGUGCGUGCCGAAGUGCAAUCAUGUUUGGCGACCGCCUUAGUCGGACACAGUGCAUGGACCUCAUCGCAGAACUGAAGAUGUGUCAGCUACCAUUCCAGUGUGCUCAUGGUCGACCCUCAGUUGUACCCCUCGCUGAGAUUCGCAAUGGCAACCUUACCUGA